UCUAUCAAAAUAUUUGUUUUUUUAACUUAACAUUUCUAGUGAAUUUUGACUUGCUAUGUUUCUUAACAUGAUAACGUUGUUAUGGAAGUAGAAUAGUGGAAGGGAUAAAGCAACAGACAAAUCGUGCUAUUUUAGUAAGAAAAAAUUUAUGAGCUCUCUUUUAUGGAUCGUUUAAUUUAAUAAUUGUUAUUCAAGGAUCGUGUAGUAUAAUUUUUUAUUAUGGCGGACGAAAAACUGCCCGAAGAGGUGACCAAAUAUAGUUUCAGAUUCAAAAUGUGGGAUUAUAUGAAAAAAAAUGGAUUAGUAAGCUUUCCACUUGAUAUUCAUAAUCGCAUUCCAAACUUUAAAGGUGCCACAAAGGCAGCUCAGCGUUUAACGGAGUUGGAAGAAUUUAAGAGAGCAAAAACUAUAGAAAUCAGUCCAGACAAACCACAAAAGCCAGUAAGAUAUUUAGCUCUGGUAGCUAAUAAAGAGAUACUUGUCCCUAUUCCAAGAUUACGUUCUGGUCUGUUUCUUCGCGUUACGUCUAUAGCUGGUGCAACAAAUGCAGAAUUGAAAACUCUUUCAACGAUAUAUGGCUUGAAACAAGUUGGUAAACCGAUUGGAGUUGAUUCAAAUGUGAAGGUAGAUUUAGUUGUAUUAGGUUCUGUGUGUGUCAGUCGAGAAGGGUACAGGCUUGGUAAAGGAGAGGGUUUUGCAGAUUUGGAAUUUGCAAUGAUGGUGCGAAUGGGUGCAAUAACACAAAAUACUAAGAUUAUUACAACUGUACAUGACUGUCAAAUAGUAGAUGAUCUUCCAUCCCAGUUGUUCAAAGAGCACGAUGUACCUGUGGAUAUAAUAAUUACACCAACUCAAACAAUAAUAGUCCAACAAAAAGUGAAAAAAUAUUCUGGCAUUAUAUGGGAAAUGCUUAGCCAAAGAAAACUUACAACUAUGCCAGUGUUAAGACAGUUCAAAGAAAUGGAUGAGAAAGAAGGAAAGAUAGUAAUUCUAAAGGAAAUAGAUUCCGAUACGGAAACAGAACAAUAUUACAAAAAUCACACUAAACGUUUGAAGCAUAAAAAACGUUCCAAUCCGAAUCAAUUUCCAUUUAAGAAAGAAGACUCUUCUCCUGAGGAAAAAGAUAGUAAGGAGAUAAAAAGAUCAUUUCCAAAAAAGAGAUAUUCUAGAAAGAUAAAAAAAGAAGAAAAUAUUGAUCCUUCUUUUAAAGACAAAGAGGGAAAAAAAGUAAUACUCGAAAAAAGUAAUGAACGUAGAAAAUAUGCUAACUCAAGACUGAAAUCAAAUAUUGACUUUUCGUUAAAAUUAUCGAAUAUCUCGUACAGUGUACGGGUACGCGAUUUAAAAAAUGCUUUGUUAGAACGCGGAGUUAAGCCAAAUGAAAUAGUCUGGCAAGGUUAUCGUGGUAUUUGUUAUCUUCAUUUUAACAAACUCAAAGGUAAAAAUAUAUCGCCGGAUCAACCAGUUCAGGUAGAUUCCAUAGUAGCAAAUUUACAACAGCUUCGUAUCGGUGAUUCGACAAAUAUAAUCGUGGAACCUGCGAAACCAAUUUCAAGAAUUGAAGUAACAGAUGUCUCGGCUGUAUAAAUAAGACUUGGAAAUGUUUACUUUAUUAACAAAUAUUUUAUAAGUAAAUUUAUUUCGACGAGGACGACUCCCGUAUAUAAAGCAGAAAUCAUUUGAAAGACGUUAUAUAAGUUUAUAAAAGAAAAAAAGAAUAUUUUGCUUUCUAUCGCAAUAAUAAUUGAAAUCAGAAUUUAGAUUUAAAUUUGUUAUAUUGUUCUACGAAAGAAUAUUUUUCUAAUAUCUUUAAUUAACGAAAGGUGAGAAUAGGAAGAUGUUAAAGAUCCCUCGUAUGAUUAUUAUACUGUGAUGACUUCAAAAUACAUUAUUACAUAUUAUUGGAUAAUUCGAUUGAAUUUAAUGGUAAAUUUCGAGUUAAAGAUUAUUAUAAGUCUGAAUCAGCUUUAUGUGAAAUAUAAAUACUUAAUGAUUUAUCCUUGGAUUUGCAAGUAAACUUUUUUUAAUCUAUUAUUUAUUAUGCAUAUUAUUUAUGCAAGCAAAAGCUAUGUAUUAUUUUGUUAUUAAGUUAAUCCAUUUUGUUCUUAUUUGAAUUACUCAUUUGGAACGAUCUAAUGUAAAAUUUCUUAAUCUUUAUUUUCUAUAUAUAAAUUUACUGUGAUCACGUAAAGAAUACUUAAAGAUAGAGAAUAGAUUUAAAUUAUUUUUCUGAGUUGUUGGGAGAGCCAAGGCAAUUAAUAUUAGAUAGGACUCGUAUCUGCGAUAAUAAGUUGUGACAUUUAUCGAAUGACGACAAUAGCUGCUGCAUUAGUUUAUACAUUAAUUGGUACAUGUGGAAAUAAGAAGCUGCAUUUUUGUCACUUAUGUAAGAAGAAAGGAAAUACUUGAUUUUUCUGAACGAAUAUUUUCACACGAAAGACGUAACAUUUUUGAAAUCUAAUCUUAGAAAAAUAUACUUCCAUGAUAUAGCAAAAUCGCUUUUAGACACGUACAGUGGGCUUCCAUUUUUUACGCGAUAUACAAAAAAGAUGUAAACUCGAUUUUGCGUGUUUGAUAAUGACCAAGUAGGUUUAUUAUGGCAAUAUUUUGUGAUAUUAAUAAUUAUUAUUUGUUGUCUUUAAGAUAUAGUUGUAAUGCAUCACGAUGAUAUUUACUUUUAUUAAUAUAUUAACAUACUAUGUUUUUAUAAUUGUCACAAUGUAUACAAAUUCUACGUAUAAAGAAAAUAUCUUUUUUUU